CUGUGGGGUAAGGGGCCACUCUAAUGGCCUCACUGCAGUCUCUAGGCUGUGUGCUGUACUGCAUGAUGUUUGGGGAGGGCCCCUACGAUGCCAUCUUUCAGAAGGGUGACAGCGUGGCCCUGGCAGUGCAGAACCCCAUCGCCAUCCCCACAACUUCAAGGUACUCGGCUGGCUUGCACCGCCUGCUGUCCUCCAUGAUGACAGUGAACCCGCAGGAGCGGCCCAACAUCGAGGAUAUCCUACAGCAGCUGGAGGGGCUGCAGGCUACGUCAGCCGGCCAGAUCACCACAAGUAUCUGAGUGUGGCCCAUCGCUGGCCUAGGCUGUAUCGGGCUGCCCUGGGCCUGCUUCCCCCUGGGGCUGCUCCUGAGGGGAUUUCUGCACUCGGGGAGAGCUGCUCCGUGCUGGAGGUGUUUUGGAGUCAGACUUUGUCAUUUGGGGGUGUGCGGUGCAGUGGUUUGUACCCUGAAUGCUGCCCUUGGAGCCUGCACAGCUGCUGGUGUCUGUGUGGCUGCUGUGGCCAGCACAGCUCAGCACUAGGCUGCAGGACUGGUGCGUGUGCCCUGCCUGCUGAGGGCAAGGCCUCGCUGCCCGCUCUGAGCCCACAGGGCGGCAGAUUAUCUCCUGCCUCGGGGAAUGGCUGCAGCCGGGCCCGGCCUUGUGCUGCUGGAGCAAGGCAGGGACAGGCGGGGCUCAGCGCUCACUGCCCUGGCACCCACAUUGCCUUGUGUUUUGAAUAAAGGUGUUCUUGCGGAGGUGUGAA